AUGGCGUUGCCAUCGAGCCCGCUGUUGGUCAAGAGCCGCGCGCUCAUUGACUCGCUAGGCUACGUGGAUACCGAGUACAACUCGCCAGCGAGUCAACAGCAGGUGCAGGCGCAGAUCCGCGCGGAGAUGUCGACAUUCUCCCCGCCGCAGGACAAAUACUUGGCCUACCUGCCGUCGUACUCGCCCACUUUUGGUGGUAGAGCGCGACUGCAAACCGAGUUCAAGCGCGUGGCUGCCAACGUGCCGCUGGACGCCAUCGAUAUGAACCGGUAUCAAGUCAAAGAGCCUACGGGCAAGCACAGUAAGAACUUGGAGUCCUGGGAGAACGCUGUCAAGCAGCUCCAAGUGGCUGUGGAACACCAGAGCAACCGGGUGACAAAUUUGGAGCUCCAGCAGGGCUACGGUACAAAGCUGGCCAAGGUGCGCGCGGCCGUUCUGGAUGGCGUGAACGCGCAGUACGAGCGCACAUUAAAGGAAUUAAAGGCGGCCUCAGACAAGAUUAACUUGGCUCGACAGCAAGACCAGGCACGCAACGCUGCCAAGCUACACAAAUACCAGAGCCGAUACUAUGAGCUGCUCUCCAAGAACGCGGCCAUUAAGCGGGCGUGCGUCGAGCAGGAGCGACAACAGAAAAGGAUCAAGACGACGUAAGCGGUCGAUGUCUUUUGUUGUCUGCAACAGGUUAUACUGCCAUUUUAACUAAAGGAACCUGGUGCAUUCGUUGAGGUUAUUACAAUUGGAUUUCUUAGCAUUUUACGUUUCUUAAAAUGAAUUAAAGGCGAAAAAAGAAGAAACCAUGCACACCUUGACGACUACAGUAGAGGAAAAAAGCUGCGUGGCCGGAUGCAUAUUACACAGGAAGGCAGCUAGACCGCCCAGUUCCGGGCCAAUCGCGCCCACCCACUCUAAAUCGCAGUUGCCGUCGCAAUCGAAGGCGCCGUCGUCGCCGCCGUCUCCGUCGUCUCCGUCGUCGCAGUUGUCGAAGUUGUCGCAGCAGCAGAGCCUGAAGCCGCGGUGGAUGCAGCCGUCGGAGUGGUUGCCGCGGCCGUGGAGCUUGAUGAGUCGGUCGUUGAGUCCGUCGUGAUGGUAGCGCUAGUACUGCCAGAUCCGGAUGUAGUAAUCGUUGUAAUCUUCGAGAAACACGGGAACGAGCCACUACCCUUCAAGUUCUGCAGACCAGUGGAAAAAUCCUUGUUAUACGCAUCCCACGACGAGCUCGUAUACAGACCGUAUUGCCACGGAUCUUUAGGCUUGUACUCGUCGUUGAAGUCGUAGGAUCCGUCCGGAUUGAUAGCCCACGCGAAGCCGCCGGUCAUGUUCAUUUCGUUAGCGUACUCAAUGAGGAUCUCGAUCACACGCGUGCUCGUAAGACCAGGCAGCAGCUCUGCAGCGCCGUAAAUACCACCGAACUCACCGUAGAACGUGGGCACACCAGCCUCCGUCACGGCGUUACCGAACGCGUUGUCCAGCACGGCGGUAACAGCAGCCUUAAGUAACGUAUUGCCCUCGGUCGUGUUAGGGUACUCAGUUACAGAUACAGUGUCGCCACUCGAAGAUUGCUUCUUGAAGAAAUACGAAGAUGGGUACACACUGGGAGAAUAGAAAUGCGGCGCAAACACAACCUUGCCGUCCGUCUUAAGUGCGAUGGGAUUCACACUGGCGUUCUGUAGACUGGCACCGUACCAAUCGUUGUACGUGACGUUCGCGCCGUUGAUCUCUGCCACUGUAUUGGUGGCGUAGUUGCCCUCGACCACGAUGAGCCAGUUGGGACAGAUAGCAAGGAUCUUGUCUCCAAUAGUCUCGACGGCACGGGGCCAGUUGACGUCCGACUCGCAGUAUUCGUCGGUAUCGUCCGCGGGCCAGCAGCCACCGACAGGCUCGUUCUUGAGAUCGAUACCGAUAAUAUUGUACUCGAGAUCGGUGCACAGUUCGGACGCCAGAGUCUCGAACAUCUUGUAGAUGGUGGCAAUAGGGUAGUCAUCAGUGAACCACAAGUGCUCGGACGUGUCGUCCGUGAAGUUCGGGUCGAUCUUGUGGAUGUCGAGCAGCACGCCAAUCUGCUGCUUACCGAGACCCUGUACGACCUUCUUGAUCAUGUCGAUGUAUGUGUCAACGUUGAGGUCGGUGUCCAGACUGUUGACGAAGAGUCU